AAAGAGAUAAACAUCAGUUGCAUUUAUUGCUCGUCUGAAUUAUGUCCUAAAAUGGAAGACGCUGGGAGAGAAUGGCCGCAAAUUUUAACCAUUGUCUUUGCAUGUAUCCCAGGAAUAUCGAGCGCGUUAAUAUUGACAUGGACAUCAGUUUUUCUACCAGUUAUAACAUCAGAUUAUGGUAUUUCCGAAGACGAAGCAAAUAUGUUGCCUAUAGUAACCUCACUCGGUUGUAUGAUCCCAGCCUUAUUUUUCUAUAAGCUACCAGAUUUAAUGGGGCGAAAAUAUACUCUAUUACUCCUAAAUGUACCCCAAGCUACUUAUUGGCUAUUCACAAUAUUUGCCAAAGAUAUGUACAGUCUCUGCGUUGCUAGAUUCCUAGGAGGUUUGGCAGACGCAAUAAUGUACUCGGCCCUACCAAUUUAUUUGGGAGAAGUGACCACACCAAAAAUAAGAGGCUCAUGGGGAAAUGGGCAAACAUUUUCGUUCAACGCUGGUUUUUUUCUGAUAAGCACCAUCGGUAGCUAUGUUUCCAUUCAAAACACUGCGUAUAUAUUCAUUACCCUACCGAUAUUUUGCAUAAUAGCAUUUUCAUGGCUACCAGAAUCUCCAUAUUAUUACUUGAUGAAGAAUAAAGAACAAAAAGCUCGUGAUUCGUUAAAGUGGCUUUUGAGAAAAGAAAAUAUUGAGCCCGAUUUUCAACAACUGAGGAAAGACGUUGAGAGGCAAAUUUCUGAAACAGGAACUUGGGCGGAUCUUUUUAAAAUAAAAAGUAACAGAAGAGCACUUAUAGCUUGUGUUUUCAUUAGAUGGGGGCAGCAGUGUGCAGGAAUAGCCGUUUUUGAAGGUUACUUUCGAACUAUAUUCGAAAAAACUGAAACUGCCUUGAGUCCGGAAGUAUCAGCAAUUAUUUUCUCAGGCUGGCUCUGGGUAGUAAUGACAAUAUUUUCUUUCUUUUUGGACACAUUCGGAAGAAGAAAAUCUUUUAUUUUUUCAUCACUUGGUUGUGUCAUCACAUUAGCAGCAGAAGCAAUUUACUUCUACAUAGAUGAGUUUCGAAGGGAUAUGGAUUUGACAUCGGUGAAAUGGUUCCCUAUAGUAGGACUUCUAUUUUAUUUGAUAUUCUACGCUGUCGGAUUGGGUAUUUUGCCCAGUUUAAUGGCAGGCGAACUUUUUUCCGCUAGUAUAAAAACUAAAGCUCUCUCAUUCGCAAACUUUAUGAUGGGACUCAUUGUAUUCGCGGAGACCUACACAUUUAAAAGUCUCAGCAGCCUUGUUGGAUUGUAUGCUCCUUUCGCAGUUUUCGCCAUUGCUACCUUUAUUUGUUUUAUAUUGGCUUUCUAUAUUGUGCCGGAGACUAAAGGGAAAACUCUUGAAGAAAUUCAGCAAGAUCUGAAGGCAUCCAAGAAAAACAAUAAAACGUUUUAUUGAAUAAAGAAAACAAAAUCUGUUUUAUAUUAAAACGAACCCAAUAAUAUAGUUGUUUAUUUGUUCUAUAAUUAAGAGUUUCAAAGCUGUAUUUUCCAAAUAAAUUUCUAAAAAAUUAUUAAACAAUUUU